CCAGAGAUAAGCAGCCACAUCGGCACGUCGCUCGACCGGCGACUGUGUAAUGUGCAAGUUGGCCCACGCGCCUCCCGUGUGCCUUUCCGGCUUGUUGCCUUGUUUUCAGGCGUUCUCGUUAAGAUCAGUCUUCAACUGCCUCAAGGUAUAUUAGUGCUACAGGUAGAUCCACCGUCCCGCCUCCCAGGUCUUUGUGCACCCUCUCUCGGGCUCCCUCAUAUCGAUCCUCUUCCCAACAACAUCAUCAUCGUUGACGACCACAACAACAUCAACAACAACCACUACACUACCGCAUACUGGAGUGGUGUGACUUAGGCCCCUUGCCCUCCAUUCCCCUGUGUACACCUCUUUCGGCAAUACCUUUCCUCUUAUCCCAAUUUGCCUUUGCCGUCAUCCUCGGUAACUCUGCCCGGUGACUCACCCGGUCACUUCCGUCCCAACAGUGACUACUUACCUUGCCUACCCAACCUAUUCUCACCCUGCCUCGACUCAGCCUCUCUCUAACUUCUCAAUUCGGACACCGAGCCGGGCAUAACCCAACCUGUUUCCUUUCCACUUACUUCUUUUAUAUCCAUCACUCAUCCAUCCUCCUCUGCAACCUUGUCCACUAGAUACCCAACAUACCGGAUCGCAUUCACUGCCAAACCCCACUCGUGUAAUACACCGCGACAACUCAAAUACCAUCAACUGAUUCCGACCUCGAACGUCACAGAACUCUGUUGGGUCUGUAUAACUUGGACAUCGUGCUUCACCAGCGACGCCGUUAUUUGGCGUCUCAACACUGCCAUAACACUUAAUUUUCCUUGUCGCAAGCAACCGGACGUAAUGGCUGGCGCAACCGAGUCUCAUGUCCAGUUCGAGCGAGACCUUCGAAGCGCACACCAAGACUACAAGAGGACUAAAGACUCACAGUCCAAAUGGUCAAACGGAGCCCGUCCUCUGGCAGGCUGCCGCCUUGACUGGACCACUCUGGAGGCCGUCGGCGGCACCGAACAGCAGCGAGCCAAGACGCGCCCCAGAGGCAAGAACAGCGAGACCUCUCACCACAAGAAGACGCAGCACAACGUAACCAAGUUCCGAUCACACUGGGAGCUUCCUCAAGGGCGCGUGCAGUCGGCGGCGCGGGCCAAGGAACAGAUCAAGGAUCCACUUAGCCGAUCGGUCAUGGAGAUGGCCCCGUCUCAAGAGGGCUGGAAGAACCUCCCCGCUUCGGAGGAUUGGAAAUACAGCUUUGAUAGGAUCGAAAGUCCCAACCGACCGCUGACGCUCGACGUCUUCAUCAAGACGACGGGUCGCGAGACGGAGCGCAUGGUGGAGAAAGAAUACGAGAUCCUCAACGAAAACGGACAGAUUCUCAAGGGCCGUAAGGCACGUCAGAGCCUGCGUCAGGAUGGGCUUCGUAUCGCCGAGGACGAUGGUUUCCAGCUGGUCUGAUUCCUGCAGACGAAUACUCUAUUUGAUUCGAUGAGAUGAUGACUGACCACACUGUCAUGCUAUGUGCUUGCUCAGGAGUUUGUGGGUUGAACACCGGCAUGGAGGGCGAUCUAAGGGUUUCAAAGUUCUCGCGAGGUAACCGACUUGGGGGCAUUGGACGGCGUUUGUUUUAUGAUAGCAGCAUUGUGUACGAAAGUAUAACGAUGAUGACCCUUAGUAUACCUAGGCAAAUUGAACUCGUUUAACGAGACAGCCCA